ACAUUUCUCGCGUCACCAAUAAUUCAUGUUUCAUUUUCCUCUUUUGACAAAUUGAAAUGGAAUGUGAACAACAUUGAGUCAGACAGUGCGUGAGGAUACAUCCAUGAAAUGGGAGAUCAGGACUUCUUUAGGUUUGGAAAAGGAGAAGACAUACAACACCUUUGGUAUCUGACGUAUCUGAUGGUCACAGUCAUGGCACUGUUUCUCAGCUACAUUGGUCUUCUUGUCCUGCAGUUUAUCAUCAGCAAAAGGUAUCGUCGACGCCGCACGCUCGGUAUCCCUAGAAGGGCUCCGGUCAUGAGUGAAGAUGACUGUAUUUCCCUCCAAGACCUGUCCGACAUGGAAGGCUGUGUUACUCGAGAGGAAGGGAGAGAGAGUAUGUUUCUGGACAACGGAAGAAAAUCCAGGAAACGCAAGGGAAUGUGCCCUGAUAACAACCAUCCCAUUGAAGAACAGGAUCGUGCCUAUAUGAAUGAAGUGUCUCGAGAAAACGCCAUUCAAGCAGAUAUGUCAAUUGGCAUAGACUUUUCAUCAAGGUCAAGCGGUAAUGGCGUUUCGGGAGAGUUGGCUGUUUCAGAUGGACGUCGGUUGAAGAAAGGUUCUUGGGAAAACAAUUAUAUAUAUGUUGGCCAUGACCUACGUGAACAAAGUGAUACUCUAUUCUGAAAACAACUAUGGAAAUUGAAAACAGUUGUACCAAAGUUUCGACAUUCUAAGUACCAUGUAAGAAGCGAUUUUAGAUGACCUGCUAUUUUGGAUACGGGAUUUGCAUAUUUAUUUAUUUUAAUCUCUCGUGCAUCGUGACCAUGAGAUACAUUCCAGACAUAGAACAUUUCGAGAAAUGGACUCCGUGAUGGUUUACGCUGUGUAAGUACUCCAUCCAUGUCACGUCGAGCUGUAAAUAAUCGGGAUGAUUGGUUUUGGUUUGUUGUUUAACGCCGCACUCAGCAAUAUUCCAGCUAUAUGACGGCGGUCUGUAAAUAAUCGAGUCUGGACCAGACAAUC